AUGUACCAAAGAUAUAAAUUUCCCAUUUUCACUAAAAAUGUAUCUAAAAAAACUGUUUUUGAUUGGUAGCAUGUAACUGUAUUUCUCUUCCCUCCCCUUACCCUUACCGGAGAUUCAUUACAAGUUUGGUUAGGAGACUGGGGCCGAUAACAGGCCAGGCCACUCAGGAAUACAAAAAAUGGCGGGACGAUUUUUCGAGUUGAAGAUUGAGACGGAAAAAAUGGUUUUAUUUUAUUUUAUUAUAAAGCAUUAGGGAGUAUGAACAAAUCUCCAUGGAUAUCUUAGAUGUACAAAGCAAAGAGUCGGGCAAGCUAUGGCAGCGGAAACCUUCGCCAUCUGAAAAUGGGUUGUUGCUGAGUAUAUGCCAUACAACAUCAAAUGCCUUCUCACUCCAAGGCAGGAACAUCAGAUUUCUUCACGCAGCCUUUAACACGCUGGGAGAGGCCGUUGUGGCAGGUGACCACCAAGGGAACCUGUAUUUAUUUGAUCUUGGCAAGAACAAGUUCUCUUUGGUUCAAAAGACUGGCACACCAUCCACUGCGAUAGCCUUCUCACUACGUAGGAAGAAUGAGGUGCUAGUUGCAUUGGCUGACCACUCUCUUAGGUGCUAUGAUGUUGAGUCCUGUGAGCUUGUAAGCUGGAUGAAAGGUCAUGAGUCUGCAGUUCACUGCAUUUCUGUGCAUGCAAGUGGUCGCUAUGCCUUGACGUCUUCAAAUACAGUCAUACAACUCUGGGAUCUGGACACUUUUACCAGGAAGCGCACACUGAAUGGUGCACAGACUGUUGGCAUUCAACAGGGUUUGUUUCUGCCCCUGAGUAACACAAUUGUGACCUGCUUCAAAGAUGACAGUAUCUUUGCCUGGGACUCUGAGAGCCUGCAGUGCAAGUACCAGCUGCCAGUUCCACCAGAGGACGCCAAGACACCCCAUUACCGCACCCUGGCCGUGCCAAGGGAUGGCAGACUUCUAGUGGCUGGUGGAAGAUCCAGGUUCCUGCAUGUUUGGAGCCUUGAGAACAAGCGGCUGCUGCAUAUCAUCCAACUCCCUGCUAAGGUCAGGGUGGUCAAACAAGCUGAGUUCAUCUCAAGCAGCUUUGAUGGUGGAUCUAGCCAGACCGUUGGUGUGCUUGCACAAGAUGGAGUUCUGCGGUUCAUUGAUAUCCACUCCUGCAAAAUGCUAUCAGACAUAGGAGGCCAAGACCAGAUGAUCAACCGCUUUGUGUUUAGCCCUAGUGGACGGUACAUUGCCGCUGUUAUGGACAGUGGUGCAAUUAACAUUUACAGUGUCCCAGCCCUCAAUCAGCAGUUAACCAAGCCCCCGCUCCCUACUGUCAAGGAGGUUGUGGAUCUCCGUCCAGCAUCUCGUAGCAGCGUCAAGACGUCAGUGUCUUUGCCAGGGGCUCUGAAGGACAAGAAUGUUAUUGUUAGAACUCUACCAAGAAAAGGCUGUCGCAAGAGUGAAGGGGCAUCUGUGGGAACUGAUGAGUCUCAAGAAUGGCCUGUAGCUGACUCUGGCCUAGAGAGUGAGUUGCCAGAGGGACUCAAUAGGAACCGCCUACUCUCCAUCCUUAAAGGCUAUGGUGAAUAUCCUGCAAAAUACAGGAUGUUCAUCUGGCGGUCGUUGCUGAAGCUUCCAGAGAAUCACUCGGCCUACAGCAGCCUUGUGGACAAGGGAGUGCAUAGUGCGCAUGUGCGCAUCCACGAGGAGUACCCCAUCAAGAGCCGCAAGUUGCUGCGAGUGCUACAGAGGACUCUAUCGGCACUGGCACAUUGGUCUGGCAUUUUCGGUGAGGUGGAUUACCUUCCCAUGAUGGUGUUCCCAUUUGUCAAGCUUUUCCAGAACAACCAGCUCAUUUGCUUCGAGAUGGUUUCCUGUGUGCUCAUUAAUUGGUGUCAGCACUGGUUUGAAUACUUCCCGAACCCUCCCGUGAACGUACUGGGAAUGGUGGAGAACACCCUCUCUCACCACGACAAGACCCUCAUGAACCAUUUCAUCAAGCACAAAGUCACCACACAGCUCUAUGCUUGGCCGCUCCUGCAAUCUCUGCUAUCAGAGGUGCUCACCAAAGAGGAAUGGCUUCGCGUGUGGGACAAUGCGUUCUCCUGCCAUCCCUCCUAUCUCCUGAUGGUGGUGGUGGCUUACAUCAUGGCUUCCCGAAAGGCCCUGCUACAAUGCACUGAGAAGCAGGACUUUGAGUAUUUCUUCCAUAAUCGCAAUGCUGUGGAUGUUGGCAUGGUUGUGCGAGAAGCGUACCGUCUGCAGGAUACAACUCCAGCGGACAUACAUCCUAAGCGCAUGCUCGAUGCCUUUGUUCCUCUGACCAAAGGACAGUACCCCGUGUUCAACAAGUACCCAAAAUUCGUCGUCGAUUAUCAGGUUCAGGAAAGAGAGCGUAUACGACAAGAGGAACUGGAGUACCUGCGACAGAGGCAGCUUGCGCGUGAGCUGAAAGCACAGGGAGACCAGCGCAAGCUGGAGGAGGAGGCAUUCUACCGCCAGCAAGACCUGGUGAUGAGUGCUGAAGAGCAGAGAAGAAAGAUGAUCGCAGAAGAAGAGAGAAAGCUUACUGAUCAGCGUGCCAGACUACAAGCCAUGAAGCGUGAGGUGCAUCUGCGAGAAUUACAACUGCUAGACGCUGCGCGUAGGCGCCACCUUCACCAUCAGCAGGUUCAGCGUGAAGCGGAGCUACGACGACUAGACGACGAGAUCGAGAGAAAGGCGCUAUUAAGAGAACAGGAGACUCAAGCGGCCGUAGAGGAUGCUGAAAUCAAAGCUUUAGAGCUGCAGGCCCAGAAAGAAAUGCUACAACAGGAGCUCCUGCGAGAAGAGUUGCAAUCGUCGUUCAAGCACCGCUCGCAGAUAAGCCAUCAGAGACAGCAGCAAGAGUUGGAGGACCAACUGUUCCGGCGAGCUACCAACGCAUCACAGGAGGUUGACCUCGACUCACAAAGGAUUCUGCACGAGGAUCUUGCCAAGGCACAGAGCAAAAAAGCUGAAGUAGAUAUAGAGGAAGAGGAGGGCAUGCGAUCAAGGCUGGAAAGUCUUCAACGAGAGAUGGAUCAAGUCAAGGUGUCACGCCAUGUCCUCGAGAACAAGGAGAGAGAGCUGGAGCUACAGACGCUUGUCCGACAACUCGAAAAUAAAGAGAACGACGAGACUGCCGUCAAGCUAUCCAGACUACGAGAGCAAAGGCUGCGCGCUGAACAAGAUGAUCGCAGGCGCAUGGAGAUGCUCAAACAACCACAAAAUGUCGGGGACACGACGAGCAGUACUGGGGAGAGUUUUGAGCGGUUACGGGAUAUUCGUAGAUUUCUUCCAAGUCCCAGGCCCACUCUUUCUAAUGUGACUAGCAGCACUGGGAACGAGACGGAGGAUACCGAUCCCGGUACACCUGACAACAAAGAACCUUCGAUCGAGCGGCAACGGGCAACUUUCGAAAAGCGCGAGCUGGAACUGAUGAAUGAAGUACGAGAGAUCCGCAAGAGACUGGCCGCACGACGACGCAACCAGCGCGCUCCCGCCGACUACACGACCGCAUCCGACUCCAACAAUAACUCUUUUGGCACUUGAAUUUGAUUGCAGAGUAAACUGUAGUCUGCUUGUAGACGUUUACUCGUUGGUUCCAGCGGUUAUUUCAGCGUUUAGGCCUGGCUAAACUAGGAGACAUUUAGCCACCUCGAAAAUCAUUGUAGCGCGCCCAAAAUCUUGUAGCAGCGUCAAGGGAAUAUUUUUGGUAGUGGCCAGUGAGCUAAACAAGGAAACAUUUAGUAGACAAGUCGCACGCUACUUGUCGCACGCUACUUGUCGCACGCUACUUGUCGCGCGCUACUUGUCGCACGCUACUUGUCGCACGCUACUUGUCGCACGCUACUUGUCGCGCUCGACGCGUCGCGCUCUACUUGUCGCACGCUACUUGUCGCGCUCGACGCGUCGCUUAGCCGUAGUUUAGCCAUCUUCAUUUAUUUGAACGAGCGAGGAGUUGCGACCACUUCAAGAAAAGAUGGCUGCCGCGAUUACCACAUAAAAUGAAUAACAGCAACUGUUUCGUUGUAUGAAUGGAUUCAAACCACAAAUAGCUAGAUUUGCAGAUUUUUUUUAGAAGAGGAUUCUAAAAGUGUAUAUACUGGAUUAAACUGCAGGAUUACUUUAGCUUCAAGAUUAAAUGACCGUUUAACGUCGUGUGAAAGAAAAGGUGUGGAAUGAUGCGGCUUCGAUGACUAUUGUGUUUUCAACAUUGUUUUUAAAACGGAAUGCGGGUCCAAUGGUGCGGGUAACAAAAAAGUAUAUUAUAAUAUUAAUAUUCUCUCCGGACUAUAACAUUGUUUCCUAAACCUGAUGAGUUUCUACCUGCUUAUCGGGGCUUGUCUGGAUGUCAUUUCCGGGUAAUAGUCAAAAAAGGGGGGGGGAUAGUCUGCUAAAAGAAAUUACUAGGGGUGAGCCUUACACCGUAGAUGUCCGGAGAUAUCGGGAACGCACCAUCUGAACCGUAGCUCCGCAUCAAGUUUGCUGAGACAGACAGAAACUUACAUUGAAAUGAAUCUGUCUCACUAGUGUCACGCACGAACUAAAAUACAAAUACCUUUUUUUUUUUAUAAGAACCUUAGAACGACGACGGCAGACAACAAUGGGUUUGAUUCAGAAUUCAAUAGCAGCACUAGUCGGCUCUCUGGAGAUUCGGGAUUCCCUUCCACAGGAAUCCCGGAGAGCAGGCUAUAGCAGCACGUGAAAAUGCGUUCUGUCUGAUACUUUUCAGCUGUUUUCCAUAAAACCACGAUGUGAAAACUCAAACUUUCAUGGUCAAUUGAGGACGCGGACGUUUGUAGUGUAAACUCCUAUGACCACAUUUCCUACUGUAGAAAUAAUGUGCUUAGUUUAUUUUUAUCUAUCUCUGACUAUAAUAUUUUGCUUAUUCCAUUGCAAUUAAAUUAUUAUUGAUCGCCACGCCCGAACACAUCUUUUUCGAUCUCGUUGUCCUAGCCGUCGCCUUCGUCCUUGCUUAACGUCCCUAUUUUUAUGAAUACGAGUGUUAAGAGGACAAUAAAGAAAGCAAUGAAUUUAAUCUGAUAAUUAGAAAGUAGCACGUGGGAAUGUGUCAUAUCGGUUGCACGAUCAAAAAUUUGCGUUUCCUUUAAUUAUAUAUGCGGCAUUAUAUAUGCUGCCUUCCUUUCGACGAGAUCAAGAUUGAUGCAUCGAAAAGUACAAAACUGCUGUCUGAAUUAGUUAAAAUCCUGAGAUGGGGGACCCCCUGACUUGACCCACGAUGUACCGUGUUGUUUUUCUGUCAUCACGUGGUCAAUAUGGUAUCUUAAAUAAAGAAAUUUCUGUGUAACAUGUCGCUUGUCAACAAACAAAAUACCGUCUUUUGUGCGUCAUUCGGCACACUUUAAAGGCUAAAUAAAUGAGAAAACAGCAA